AUGCCGACGGUUCGGUCCUCUCGCCGCGUAGCGCCGCUCAAGGAGUCCGACAUCGAUCACGAGAUUAACCUCAUUGAUCACUCGACUUCAACCCACGGCACCCCAGCCCGGGCCCCAACACCGACUCAGCAGGAGGAUGGCGACACGGCUGUCGACCAGUCCGCUCUGACCUCCGAUAGCGAGCGCCCUCUGCGAACCAAUGCCGCGCCGAUAUCAGCGAGUGAGGAAGGUUCCGAGCACGGAGGAGAACAGAAUGGACAUGCUUCCCGCGAGGAAGCAGGAGGGAACGGCGCGCUCGAGAUACCACCUACGCCUACUGUCCAACCCCCCACGCCUGCUGCCGAGGAACCCAGACCUAAAGUGUCGUCGGAAGCCCAGCCUGUGAACGGGAACCCCGUCUCAAGAGUUCCUUCCUCAAAAUCAGCCAAGAGGCAAUCUCGUCGUCCCAAGUCUCCCAGAAAGGAGAUCGAUAUUCUCUAUGAGAAUGAGAGAGGCGGCUUUCUGUGUGGCAUUCCGCUCUUCUCUGGCGCGGCACUGGGCAAUCUCGACCCGUCCCCGUGGACCAACGCGGCGCACAAGACGUCGCCCACGGACAUCAAGACGGCGCAGGUGCCGGACCCCAGCUGGGAGUGGGCAUGGCCAAGCUGGCACGUCAAUAAAGACGACAAGAUUCAGACCGAUAAAGACGGUUGGGAGUACAGCUUCAUGUUCAGCAAGAAGUUUAGCUGGCACGGCCCAAGGUGGUAUAAUAGCUUUGUUCGGCGGAGGGCGUGGACCCGACAGCGUAUCAAGAAGGAGACUGACUUUCCGUCCAACGACCCGCACCUCUUGAACACCGAGUAUUUUACAGUGGGCGCAGCGUCUCCAACAAAGAGCGGAUCCAUCCGGGGCGGCAGUAGUUUCGGUGGUGGGGCGAGUAACAGGACGAGCGUGGUGAUUUCCGAGGACGAAGCACUCGAGGCCAAGAUCGAGAUUCAAAAUAUCGAUACAUUGAUGGAGCUCUUGAGGAAACUCAGGAUCGACCGGGAGAAGCUGGAUGCCAUACAAAAUUACAUUGAGCACAGCGCCGACGGCCUCGAGCAGUUACAGGAUUACAUGCACGAGAUCAUGUCCAUAUUCGUGUUCCAGGCAAGCCGGAAACUCCUGUUGACGAGAUUGAUGGAGCUUUAUGAUGGCUAUACAUAUCAGAAACAGCAGUCGUCGCCCUCGGAGGUAGCCAAAUCGAAACCGGAGCCACCCACGAUACAACUGCAGUCCCAACAAGUCGUGGACGGGCCAUCUCAUCCGCAAGCCCACCCGAGCAUCCCCAAAGAGCCAGAGACAGACGAGGAGAGGGCUGAGCUGAAGGAGAAGACCAAGCACCUAGCCGAUGCAAUCAAGCAUGCGGACGAAGAAGUUCGUCGUCUCGAGUAUUGGAGUGAUGUCAAAGACAUGGCUGGCGGAGGAGUCUCGGGCGGCGCUGUUGCUGAUGAAAAGGGCUGGGUAGACGGAUGGGAUGGCAUCGAUCGAAGUGGUGGCAUAGGUGCCAACAAAGAGGAACUCCCAUGA